GCCUGAGGGAGUACUUCAGCAAGUUCGGCGACAUCACCGAAGUGAUGGUGAUGAAGGACCCCACAACGCGUCGCUCCAGGGGCUUCGGGUUUAUCACGUUCGCCGACCCGGCUAGCGUAGAUAAGGUUUUAGCCCAAGGCACGCACGAGCUAGACGGUAAAAAGAUUGACCCGAAGGUUGCCUUCCCCAGGAGAGCACAUCCAAAGAUGGUGACGCGAACAAAGAAGAUAUUCGUGGGCGGCCUGUCGGCACCUACCACGCUGGAGGACGUCAAAAACUACUUCGAGCAGUUUGGACCGAUCGAGGACGCGAUGCUGAUGUUUGAUAAACAGACCAACAGACACAGAGGGUUCGGUUUCGUCACGUUCCAGAAUGAAGACGUCGUAGACAAAGUAUGCGAGAUUCACUUUCACGAAAUCAACAACAAAAUGGUGGAGUGCAAGAAGGCGCAGCCGAAGGAGGUGAUGCUGCCGGCGAACCUCGCGAAGACGCGCGCCGCUGGCCGGGGCGCUUACGAUUUUAUGUGGUCGCUGGGGGCUUUACCAGAUGGGUUCUCCGCGGCCGCGUACGCCGCAUACGCGGCAGGUCGAGGUUAUUCGGGCUACCCGUCAUUCGGACUGCCGUACCCCACAGCAGGCCUGGCAGUGUUCGGCGUAUCGCGCGCCCGAGCGCCCACGCCGGCCCGAUGCCUGCCCGCCGUGGACCUGACAAACGGCCAGCUGACACCCAACAACAACACACCGCUGCUCACUCAGGCUCUGUCGGUGAUGAACAACUACCAGGCCGCGGCGGCAGCUGCGGCGCAGGGCUUCGGCCCUCCGGCGUCGCCGCACGCGGCGCAUGCGCACCAGGGCUCGCGGCCCGCGCCCUUCCCGCCCGCCAACAGCCCGGGACCCAUCGACAUGUACAGCUCCAGCGACGGAUACGUGCAGGCCGCUAGCCCACAGCCCUCCGGCUUCCCGGCCAUCGCCGGGCCGCUCAUCCCAGCGGCGUUCACCAACGGCUACCACUGAGGCCAGCAGUAGAUGCUCCCUGCUGCUGCUGCUGCUGCCGCUGCCACUCCACUACAGGUUUUGGGUCACUGUGGAAACUCAGGUUGUCACAACGUGAACGAGUGCCGUCUUCUUCUGUUUCCUGCAGUGCACGGCCAACAGUGAAUGCACAUGCUGUUCAGACUCUAAUUCAGUAUAUACAUUAAAUUUGACCUGCCCUUCACAUUGGAGGCAUCAACAUUAUAUAUACAUAUAUAUAUAUACACACACACACACGAUAUAUAUGCAUCAAAAAGAGAGACUCUGUUUCCGCCUGAAGGCUCUUACAUUCUUUAAACAUACUAUUAGCUAACCUUUGCGUGCUCAUUCACUUAAAAAUUUAAUGUUUCACUUUCUGAUGAAAAUGUCAUUAUUUGAAACCAUUCAUUGUAAUUUUUGGUUUCACGUUUCAGAACCUACAGGUUCCCAGAGAAGAUCUCUUAUUGUGUUAUCUUUGGCCUCUGAACUCUUGGACAUUUAGAUGAUUUACAAAAAUGGAACAUGCACAUUCUUGAGCUUCCAAUUCAUUAUCAGCUAUCAGCAUACACUGACAUUUAGUUUUGUCAUUUCAUCUCUCAUUAUCAGUGUGUGACCAGUGCAUUAAAAAUCUGUAUUUUAAAACAAAAUUGCUCUCUUCUGUAUCUGAAGUACAGAUUCUUGAUACAUUAUAAGUUAGUUCUGUGGGAGUUCUGGCGGAAAAAUACUUGCUACUGUUAUAAGAAAUGAUUAAUGAUUUAUAAAUUUAAUUGAGAAAAUUUUUGUGACACUGUGGAGUGAUUGAGUAUGUCACAAAAUCAAAAUACUUAUACUUAUUGCAAAUGUUAAUCUAUAUUCUAGACAUAAAUACAGACAAAUAUAUUGAUAAGAACUAUUAUUACAGUUAUUAUUAUUAUUAUGAUAUACAUUAAUCAUAUUGUAUUAUACAUAUAUGCUCUUGGAGGACACUGUGGAUACUACUUUGUGUUUGCUGGAAAACAUUGUUUAUGCAGAACAUAAAUUACUCCAGUCUGCAACACUGAAAGAUCUUCAUAUGUCUUUCACGUUCUGGUAUUUUCUUGCAUGAUUUCCUUUGCCACAUGGCUGGAUUUUGGAGGAUAGUGGUAACUAUUGUAGGAAUAUGGCACUCAAAUUUUCCAUUUCCUUACAACAUGUAGCUUCACAUAUUUUGUUUGGUUUAAUCACUGUACAAAGUGCCAUUUUCUUUACAUCAUUCCUCCAUAGAACAAAGAAAUUUUGUUAAUAGAUUUGCACUUUGAUCAGUCCUUGAUAGCUUACAGGGUACUGCUAAUGAAAUGAAUUACAUUGUCACAUUAAAUGUAAUGGACCAAGAGUGCAAAUGACCACAGGACAUACACAUUGCAAAUAUUUUCAAGCAAUUGCACUAGGUCUAAAGCCAAUCUUUUCAGUACAGUUUUCAGUUUAUGUUCUAUCACAAAAUUUUUUAUGUAAGAUCAAUAGCGUGCAGAACUUGAAAUCAGUAAAGAGAAAUAUAAAAUUUAUGAAGUUAAAGAAAGUGGGGGCAGAUCUUUAACACAUCCUUCUUAAGGACAUGCUAAACAAUAUUAUAUAUUUUACAUUUAUAUACAUAUAUAUACACAUCUAUAUUUUAAUUCUUUUAACUUUUAUGCAUUUGUAUAUACAAAUAAUUAUUGAUGUUUUAAUAUGUCAUUAAGUGUAUAUCCUUGUGAUGGUGAUAAAUCACCAAAAUAUGCAGGGACAUGAAAUUAUGCUGUUUGUACAUAAUGAACAACAACAAAGGAUUAGAAAUAGUUUAGAAAAAUGUGUAGCUUCAUAUUACCCUUAGAUAUAUCGAAUUAGUGUGUAGCUAUUUAAUUGUUUAGAAUUAGGUAAAGUAAAUCACAUUUUACAUGGAAGUCCAUGUCUUUUCCUGAUCAGAGGAAGAAAACAAGACAUAAUAAUGUGUUUGAGAAGGUGUUGUAACACUUAAAGCAUGUAGUGUAAUUAAUUUCUUUGUGGUGAAUCAGUCAAGCAGAAAAUGACUUUGUUAAUAAAUAGUAAGCACACUAAAACAAAUUUUAACUGUCAUUUUGAAAAAUGAUGGGCAGAAGAUGUGAUUGAAGGUGUGAACUUUCGAUGGAUGUUGCACAUUAAAAGAGCAGAUAUCAUGUAUACAAAACAUUUUUAAUUUCUGUAUAUGGCAGAUUGAGGUGUGUGUUGUUGAUUUAUAAGGAAACACUGUUUCCUUCCUGUGUGUCACAUUUCCAUAACAAAAGACAUUUCAAAUGAAUAUGCAAUUAUGAUACCCAACUCAAGAUUUUUGUUAACGAUAAGAAGUAAUUGGCUCCUAUUAUCAGAAAUUUGCUAGUAAACAGCAGAAAUUAAUUUGUGAACAUUAAUUCCUAGAACAGCAAGGAGAGUAAAACACUAACUAAAAAGCCUCAUGAUUAGAGACCACUAAUAUACACUGGAGGCUUAUAAACUGUAAGUCUCAUUGUUGCAAGAAUCAUAACUAUUUAUAUUUUAAUCCCGUAUGUAGAUUUGUUUUAGAAAUUUCUUGAAUUUGAGUUAUUCUAAAUAUACUUCUAUUAAAGUUCUGGUAUGCCAGUUUUAUUUUGAAAUUGGAAAAUGUAGUACUGUCCCCUGUGAUACAGCAAUGACAUUAGACUCAUCAGAAUUUCCUUUUUUUGAAUUAAAUUUACACUGAAAUGAUGUUGCAACAAUGAAAGCUGUUAUUUUGAUUACAACUGCACCAGAACAAGGAAAACAUGACUUUGCAUUCUAUAUAUGUUAAAUGUUUAUGCCUUUAAGUUGUCAAAAUAACAUUUUAUUCCAGAGCAUUCUAGAACACUUAGUUGGCUACUGCAUUUUUGGCUCUACUUAAACCACAGUGGCCAAAGAAUCGUCAGUACAAAGAGAAAUGUUGUUAUUGAAGGCAUUACGGCCUACUGCAAGUAUUUUGUUUUACUCUGUAGUUAAAGGUGAUAUAGAAUGUGAAUGCGUUAUCAUGAAGUAAUGUAGAAAAAUGUGUGUCGGUAGCAAAAAUUGGGAUAUAUCUAUAUAUUAUAUAUAUGAGAAUUAUAUAUGAAAUGAUGAAGUGUCCUAAGAUAAUUAGUAAUUGCAUUAGUUUAUACAUAUGUCUCAUCAUGGUUCAUCAUUGGUUAAGAUGGAGACUUAUUUCAUCUUUUACUGUUAUGUGGUCUUGUGGUCCUUGUUUAUCAUCAUUUUAAUGUAGCACUUUGUUCCUGGUACACUCAGCUGCUAUGUGUAAGUGAAAUAUCAUCUCUUAAUUUCAGCUCAUUGUAACAAUUUUAAAGUGGACAAUAUGCAUGAAACAGGAAGUAAAGAAUAACAGAUAAUCACGGGACAAGUGUUGAAGGAAACUUUUGUUAUUCUUUUACUUGUUUACUAAAGCACUCAUAUUUGAUUUUUGUGUUGCAGAAAGUCUUGGAGUGCAAGUAAUCCUUUAAAUGUCUUUGGGAAGAGCUAUUUCUGAGUACUGACUGUUAAUAUUCAACCUGUUUCCAUCUAAUUUAUUUUUGUGUCUAUACAAGAACACAGUUAAUGUUCCUUGUUUCUAGAGUGAAGUUUAUUAGUAACAGUGUUUUAAUCAGUAGACAUCUCCAAAGCAAUACAGUGCUGCAGUGCUGUGGCAGUACUCUUUAACAUAAAUCCUGUAUUUUGAUACCAUGAAAUUGUUAAUAAAAUAAAAAUUGAAUAUGUAAAAUAAAAGUCUGUGUGAAGAGAAUAUUUCUUUGAUGAGAUUGAAAGAUAUUAUUGAGGUUGGUAUUGAAGAUGUGUUAUAAUAAUAUAGAAAACAUUUUUAAUAUAAAGCCAAAUGAUGACUGCUUCUUAAUACACCAUCUAUCUUUUUGAUAGAUUUUUGUAUCAUAAUGUAUGAAUUUUAAGAGCAUUCAGUGUUUUUGAAUAGAAGAGUGUAUGUCAAUACAGAUCACUUGUAAAGAACUGGACUUUACAUUCAGAAAGUGUGGAUGUGUGCAUGUCUGCGUUCUUAAUUCUUACAGACUGAUAUUCAGAAAAGCAAUAAUAAUAUGGUAAUUAUUUAAACCCCAUGUAUGAAAAAUCUUUGUACUUCUAUCACAGCAAUGCUAAUGCUUAGCUUCUGCCUCAGUAUUGUUGUUGAUGUGUACUUUUAUCUGGAAAUCACACCGCACAGUUUGAAAAAAUUGUCUUAAGCCUUCUGUACUCAGCCAGGUUGUUAUGAGCUUCCGAUAUAGUGCAUUAGUUCAAAAAUAAGUGAAAAAUGACACAUGUGAUAGUUUUGUGUCUGUGACAUUUGUGUGGUGAUGUUGACAGCAUUCACAUAGCUUUGUAACAGUGACAACUGUGUCUCUCCUCCUGAUUCCUGUGUGGAGUAAUACAUGAAUUCUAUUACUUUUUGUAAUCAGAUUAUUUGAUUUAUGUGUAACUAAUAAGUGAUACAGUUCAUCUUAGUUUGAGGGAGGGGUGUGCACCACAAACCUUACUAGCAGGACAUACAAUCUGUGUCAGCACGUUCUGCAGUUAAAUGAUGUGAAAAUUACAGAUGUAGUUGUAAUGAAACUUAAGUGCAUGAACUACAUGUACAGAAAUGUACUAUAUGUUGCUGUGUUCACAUUACGCAUACUGAAACAAAGCUUUAUGUACAAAAGCAUUCAUCAUUUGGCUGGAACUGUUUUGUACACAAUUUCACACACACACACAAUAAUCAACACACACAUAUUAUCCAUCUACACCAAUACACUCUUUGACCCAGCUGGGCAUGUCUUCCGUAGUAGGCAUGCAGUUGAACUAUUAUGUUAAUAUAUCCCUUUUAUCACAUGUUGUUGUGAUUAAUAUACUGUUUACACUAUGGUAUUAUGUAAAAUGUAUGUUAUUAAUGGAUAGAAGUGUUACCUCUUUGUUAUGAAAAUACAAUGUAAUAACCAAACUGAAUGUAACAAUUAAGUGAAGUAUGUAUGCUUGUGUUACUUGUGUGUGCAGUUGUCAUACAUGCAUUACAUAGAACAAACAUAGUUGUAAUUGUCAUUUAUGUUAUAAGAACACUGCUUCUUCACUGAAGCUGUUGUAUUGAAAUUUAGUGUAUAAACAAAUUUUCAAAAGAGAAAGAGAAAUAUAUCCAAAUAAUUUGAAUAAUUACAAAAUAACCAAAUUAUCGUAUGUAUUACAAAUGGUGGUACUCUAUCACAUUUAUUCAUAAUAAGGGUAAUUGGUUAACUAUACACUGAAACACACACAAACACACACACACACACACACACACACACACACACACACACACACAUACACAUACACACACACACACACACACACACACACACACACACACACACAGAGAGAGACACACACACAGAGCACACUGUUAUGGUGGCACAUAGAAAUAUUACAUUUGUUGAUCCAUGAUACUGCAUAGGUAUCAAUACUCCAAGCCAAUGAACACAUUAAGAAAUUAAAAUUCGAUAAAAUAUUGAGGAUACUACUUUUGGCUUAUUGUUAGGUUGUAAAUAUGAAAAUAUUUAUUUCCUAUUUUGGAAUUAAAUUGGACUUAGCAUGAACUGAAAGGACCCAUGACCCAAAGAAUAUCAUUGAAAGUACUUGGUAGUAACAGCAAAAUUUUGUACACUUUCAGACAUUCUGCACUCCCAUAUAGUUUUUGGUAGAUGGAGUAUUGAUUAUCUUCGUGACCAAGGACUGCUAGAUUGCGAGUACAUUUAGUACUACUGAGUAGGCUAGAAACUGUUUUGCCUGUAUGCAGGCACAUAACAAGACUUCAUGACAGAGUUUCUACCCACAUUUAGGUUACAACAACAUUUUCCAAAUAAUUUUGUUUAAUUAAUGUGUGCAUCACAAACAAGUGAAACAUUGAUAACACAGAGAACAGAAUUGUAAAGAAUAUGAAAGCUAGUAGAAUUUUCUGAAAUCAGCUCUUUUCAUUUCUCACUGAUUUAAUUUAAUAUUAAAAACUGAUGUAAAAAGUUUAAAUUUGAAAUUUGGCUGUAGAGGUACAGAGUUAUACUUUGAUUUACUAUCAAAAAUAUUUUGGACAGUUCACAGCUCUACAGAAAUUGUGCUGUUGGUAAAAAGGCAGUUAUAUGUGUAGUAUUAAAAUAUUUUGUAAGGUCAUGUAUUCCAAAUCCCAUCCCUUGUAUCCUUCUUUACCAUUACUUUAUCCCCUCCAAUGAAUCAAGCCAGAAAACUGACGAUUCAGUGUCAACAUUUAAGAUUUAUGUGGCGAUUGAUAUCUUUAUUUAUAAUCUCUGUAGUGUCAUAUCUGAUGCUACAUUCAGUACAUAUGACCUUUCCAGUAUACUGUAGUUAUUGACUUUUGGUUCAUUAUGAAAGCCAGAAACACAUGAAGCCAUAACCAUACAAUUCUGUAUCAUUUAUUACUGACAUACAUCAGUUUUAAAAUCACACAUGUCCAGUUCUCUGUUUAAUAAAAAUAUUUAUUAUGAAACAGUUUAUCAAACUGAAAUGAUUUUUUUAAAUGAUGAGUUGCUGCACACUCCUUCAUUUUUUCAUUUUUCACAGGCAGAUUUGUUAUGUUUACAUCUCCACAUCAUCAUUUAAAUAUAGUGCUGAAGCACACAACAAAAAUGCUCACUUGUUAUAGAAUAGAUAUGAAAUAAAAAUCAAAUGAAUACUAAUGUAUGUCCAUUAUCAUAAACUAAAAGAAAUGAAAACUGCUGGGAUUAGCCUUCCUACGUUUAAAAUUUAAGGGAGUUCUGAAAAUUGUUGUAUUUCAUUGUAAACCAUACCACACUUUCAGGUAUGCCCUAGGCAUGGUAUCCCUUUUCCUAGAGAGGCAGAAGGAAAAUCUCUACAUAUCAGGUGUGUCAUUAAAAUACUUAAGUUAUUGUUUGGUUUGCCUUUACAGCACAAAUAGCAGCCCUUAAUGUUAGACUGUAUUUAUUUAUUGUUGAAGUGUUAUAAGAUUUGCCUCUAGAUGGGAAACAUGAGCAAUACCAGGUCAUGUUUGCAUUUCAGUUCUUCUGCAAAUUCUUUUUAUUGAUUGACCUUGUAAGAAAGUCAUCAGAUAAACUAACUGAAUAACACUUCCCUUGAUUUGCAAUUUUUUGAGAAGGAACAAUACCAGAAAUGUAAUACGAUCCAUUCACUUUGUCUGCCUGCCUUUUGACAACAACUUUUGUAACCGCUUUUAUGAAAUGUUAGUCAUUUUUAUUAAAUGAAGCAGCAAAAUCGUCCAUGGAAGUCGAGCUACAGUUGAGAAGGGAUAUAAUAGAAAUAGAUCAAAUUCGUUUGUGUUGUUAUAAAAUAAAUUUUAAAUCUUUGUGAAAGCUAUUUUAAAACAAAUUAAGUGAAAGCUAGCUUAUUCUGUAUAAUUUUAUUGAGCAUCACAUGCCUCUGCUGUGCAAGACUUGCCAGGAGUUGGAACUAUUUUAGUACAACUUGAUAUAAAUUAAUUCAGAAACACAUUUUACAGAAAUAUGUUUUAUCUCCCUCCAAGCUGAAACAUAUUAUUGGAAACAGAGUGUUCACGCUUACAUGGUGAGAAAAGCUACAGGAUUAAAUAUUGCUUUAAGGAAGGUACUUUGCCAUCAGAAUUUUUUAUCGAUAAGCUAACACCAAAAUAGGUACACCGCCAUAUGUAGGGAGGGCGGUAGUAGUUUAAGGUGUAGAUGUGUGCUAAGGACGUAUGUGUUCCCUUCUAUAGCUUUACCCUCGCCCAGAGAAAUGAGAAAUAUGCUAGAUCCAUAUUUAUUAUCUUGACAAUAUGCAUUUACUCUGAGAACUGUUCAGUUUAGUUCAAAUGUAAUAUCGUGGGCCUUAAACGUUAAUCGCUAAAGUAAAUAAAUAAAAGCUGUUGAAAUUUAUUUUCGUCACUAUUUGUUAUAUGGAACGUGUAUACGUCAUCGUUUUGUCAAUUCCUUAAUAGAUUAUAUAAACAUGACGUAUAUCGUGACGUAGUUAGAUAUACUUUACUCUCUUUAUGGUGUAGGUUUGAGAACUGAAAUGUGAAAGUCAUUAAAUAUUUAAAAAGUUAAAUGCUCUAAGGAAGAAUUUUAUGAAACUUUGCCUGUGAUUUUUAAAGGUUAUGAUGCUUUGUUUCAAUCUUGUAACAGAUUUCCAUAGAAUUUGACAUAGCAAUGGUAAUGAAGACAGUUAGGUUCCUGGUUAGAAAGACAUGAGGUGAUAGCUAGUCCCCUUUUGAGGCUUCCGUUACUAGUCGAAUCUGCGACUUCUGUAAAUGCUACUUAAGUGUAGUUUGUUCUGUUUUGGCAUACUUUCUUUGAUUACAGAAGUUAAUGAAAAAUUUUAUUAAAAGUGAAGUGUGUUCUAUUUUGAACAUAAAAAUCAGAAAUCACUAUGAAGUCGUAUGAUCCAUUUAGGUGUACCAUUUUAUUUAUACAAAUAUAUUUCAGUAUUAUUUCUAAUUAUAAUAUUGUUUGAUGUAACAAGUGACCACAGUAACAGUUCCAACUUGAGAAGUUAUAUUUAGAUUCUGUAACGAUAUUUUGUAUAUAAGAUUCGUAGUCCCUUCUCUAUCAGAUAACAAUUUAGUUUUUAUAUUGCAGAAAGUUUUCCGCGAUGAUAUCUGGCUUUACCUUUUAUAUUCACAAGUUUAUAUUCCAUCUCCUCCUUCUCAUUCCCCUGUUUCUACGAACCCAAAAACCUCCUUACCUGUCAGAAAAACUACACAUGUACAGUUUUAAGUAGAUGUCUCGGUCGAACUAUAAAUGUAGAAAAAGAAAAUCUCAAUUCAGUGUACGGCCUGAUGAUUUUAUGCCCACUUUUUUACAGCCAGAUGUGGCUUCUUGCAAUAAAAAAGCAAUAACUGUAUUGAGGAUUAUGAUUUCGGAAAUAGGUGAAAGGAGGAAGUUAUUUAUUAAAUAUGGAUCAUGUUUUCAGAUGAAGACAACAUGGUGAUGGGAUUGGCAGAUGUAUAAAUUCAUUUCUGUGAAGUGACUGGGGAAAGAAAACAAAAACUUUACUGUGUUAUAAUCCAACAGUCCAGAAGUGACCAUAUAGAAGAAAGUGUUACGUGUAUAUUCUCUUGGCAGAAAUGUGUGGCAUUUCCUGCUACUAUAUUAUUAUAAUUAUUAUUAUUAUAAUAAGGUAAAGUGGUGUAAGUGUAUGAUGCUGUAUACAGAUUGUACCAUGUACAUAUAUUAAUAUUAUGUAAAGAUAAGACAAGGUUCACAACGUGCCGUGUGUAUGUGGGAAUAACAAUUAUAAUAUGGACAUUGUUCAAACAAA